GGUGUCCUAUGGAAAUUAAAGUUGUACACAAACCGCAUGUGUUGGUCAAUUUCAGUGUUACUUUGUGAUAUAAUGUAACUAAAUCAGUGACAUACAAUCAAAGUGAUUAUAUCUGGUAUGGCCAGUCAAAUUUUGUCUCAACAACUAAAUGCAUUCCAUGUUAUUCUCGGUAGCAAGGUCACGCACCUGCAGAUCCUGAAAAACUUUGCAUACAAUAACUUUAGGGCCUAUGGAAGCGAACAAUUCCAACCGAAGAAAGCUGUUGUUCUAAAGAAAAUGACACGAUAUGAAUUUGAAAAGACGGUAUUUAAAGGAUCGAGCGAAGAGGAACUCAAGAAUUAUCUGGAAGCCAAACGCUCUGAUUACAAUGGACUUCGAAGCCGUCAUGAAACUCAUUGCAGGAGUGUAGACAUUAUCACAAAGUCUUUAUUGAAGCAUGGAAUAGAAACCAAAGUUGUGUCACGUCAGGAGUUUAACUCAGACCUUAUCCAGUGGGCCGAUGUAAUGUUCACGGCUGGAGGAGAUGGUACCUAUCUGUUAGCUGCCAGUAAAGUGUUGGACCAUGACAAACCUCUGAUUGGAAUCAACACUGACCCCUCAAGAUCUGAAGGUUGUCUCUGUCUCCCAAAAGAACAGUACUCUGGAGCCAGAUUUGAACAUGCGUUACAAAGACUACUAGAGGGAAAAUUUAGGUGGAAACGACGUCAGAGGAUUCGCAUUACAAUGUCUGGGCAUCAUGAGAAUGAUGAACCAAUAGAACUUCAUGACCAAGAACUUCAGUUUUAUGAACAUCGUUUCACAGAACAUGUAGGAGAGGGCGAGACAUACAGACAGAAUGUGAAUGUAUCGGAGAAUGCCACCACUCCUAGGGUUCUUCCGGUGUUGGCUCUCAAUGAGGUUUUCAUAGGAGAAUGUCUGUCCUCAAGAGUUUCAUACUAUGAAAUAAAGGUAGAUGAUCAUCCGAGCGAGAAACACAAAAGUUCUGGUAUAGCCAUUUGUACUGGGACAGGGUCCAGUUCCUGGUUCUACCACAUAAAUAAUCUGCCACGCCAGGCCAUUGAGACAAUACUAGGAUAUGCCAAUGAAUUGAUGCCAGGCAGACAAACAAAUUUGUUGGAUCCAAACCUCAUUUAUAAAGUUACUCAAAAAUACAAUGACUCUCUAAAGUUUGAUCCCAGUGAACCCAAGAUGGCUUUCACAACCAGAGACCCUGUCCGUAAUGGUGUCUUUCAAGUGCAGCAUCCAAAAGGGUUUGCUAAAAAAAUUCAGAUCUGUUCUCGAAUGUGGGAUGCUUGUUUGGUGGUGGAUGGUGGUUCCUCCUUUAAGUUUAAUGAUGGAGCCAUUGCAACACUGGAGAUUAAAGAGGAAGACUCCCUUAAGACGGUCGUGUUUGACUGAGUUGUUAUCUGUGAUAAUCAGCAUUAUCAAAUUUUCUUCUGACUCUGUAGACUUUGUUUGAGUUCCACCUGUGUAUGGCAUCAAUUAUAAUAAUUAAUUCUUUUAUUAGGACCAUGUCACAUUUCAAUUUUACUCAGGUUUAUGUGUUGUAUUGUAUACAUUCUGUUGAAAUGUACUUGUAGAUGUAUAUUUAUGUUAUAUGAAGUUUUUACUCAAGAAAACAGAUAUUAGCCACUUAAGAAUACCUUACGUGGAAAUUAUUUCUGAUACCAAGAUGACCUUUUCUUCUGAAUUGGUCGAACUAAUUUGACCUCUGCAGAAUUUUUGUGUGCCCAGUCAACAAACUGGCCUCCUAUAAAUCACAUUAUUUUUCAUCCCAUCAACUAGAGAUUUUGUCUGUUAUGUCCUUAGACUUAACCUCAGCUUUGUUGAAUGGCUAUAUUACAAGAAAUUGACAGAAUUUGAAUUAUAUACCAGUUUGGAUCCAUUUUUUAAUAAAAAUGUAACAUUCCAUUCUGUGGUGGUCAGUGAUGUGUUUUUGCCAGUGGCUAAGUAGCUUAGUUGGUAAGGAACCUGGGUCCUGCCUUGGGCUGUCCAGUAUUCUCCCUUUGUUUUACCUUCAAAUGGUCCAAUUCCAUGACUUUGAAGAGACAGAUUCAAUGUUAUAUUUAGGUUGAUCUAUUCAGAAGUGGAUUGAUGCCCUGGAUUUUUUUAGAUCUGACUGACAAUUGCACUUGAUCAAACAUUUUAGCUCACCUGAGCCAAAGGCUCAAGUGAGUUUUUGUGAUCAUAAUUUGUCCACUGUCUGUCGUUGUCCUUGUUGAUAGCGUUGUCAUCCUAAACUUUUCACAUAUUCAUCUUCUUCUGAGCCACUUUCAUCUAAACUUGGCACAGCAUAGAGUGUCCUUGGGUAAAGGGGAUUUGAGUUUGUUCAAAUGAAGGGUCAUGUCCUCUUUCAAGGGGAGAUUAUGGGUAUCAAGAAUUUGUGAAAAAUUAAUGGUAUCUUUUAAAAAUCUUCUUCUCAAGAACCACUGGGCCAGAAAAGGUAAAACUUCAUUGCAUAGUAUAGAUUCAAAUUUGCUCAAAUCAUGACCCCUGAGGUAGGGUGGGGCCACAAUAUGUGAUCAGAGUUUUACAAAGGAAUUUGGGGAAAGUGCUGCUGAAGAAAAACAGGGGCGUAGUGAUUCAGGUGAGCGUUGUGACUUAUGUACUUUACCUCUAUUUUACAAUAUUUUAUAGUUGCUUUUGGUGGUGUGAUAUGAAAAUGAUGUAGUUGAAGAAAGAUGUAAAUUUUAAUGAUAUUGUCCUUAGUUUAUCUUUGAAUGGAUUAAAAGCCUUAUAUCUUGGAACUGUUAAAUGUUGCUGUAAAUAGGGCAUUCCUGUCAUGUUAACCUUUCUUAAUACAAAUAAGUCUGUGUAAAGGUAUUCUUUUACUGUGUGAGUAAACCAGUUCCUGUUUUUGAUUUCAUACCUAAUACAUGCUGUCCAAUUACAAGAUGAAAUCUCAGUAAUCUAAUUACAACAAAGAUGAUUCAAGUCUUAAUGUAUUUCUAACUGCCCAAAGUAUGAUAGUGAUUUUGUCUGUUAUUGACCUUUUUAACCAUGGAAAAUCCCAGUCUAACACUGUUGUUUGAUUUUAAAAGGUAGUUGCUAUAAUAUAUGGUGCCAUACAAAGAUGGAACAUUGAACAAUUAGAUAUUCUGUGUAAUUAUUGAAAUCUCCACGAGAAUAUAAAGUGAAUUCAAGAAGUGCCA